AUCAAAAUCCACGCAUCCAAAUAGAACGGAACGAUGCCACCGCACAAGUGGACGGACGAGUCGCGGGACGCCUCGUGCUACUACGAGGAUGCGGCCGCCUCCCGCUUCCGCCGGCCGUCCGCCUCCUCCAACUCCUCCGCCGCCUCGGCGGACCGCUCCGAUGACGAGGCGGACGACGAACGGGAGGCGUUUUGCUCCGGCGAACGACCGCUAAUCCGCUCCGGCGGCGCAGAGGAGAACCACGGCUGCGGACCCAAGACGCGUCACAUUUUCGGACUGAUGGGCUUCCUGGGCUUCGCCGUCGUCUACGCGAUGCGGGUCAAUCUGUCGGUGGCCAUUGUGGCCAUGGUGAACCAAACGGCGAUUCCGCACAGCAACUCGUCGGUGAUCGAUACGGACACCUGUCCGCGUCCCGAGCCCCCUCACAAUGGCAGCGAUCCCAGUCCGCAGAGGGAGGGCGAGUUCGUGUGGGACGAGGCGACGCAGGGCCUGGUCCUCGGUAGCUUCUUCUACGGCUAUGUCCUGACCCAAGUGCCCGGCGGACGGAUGGCCGAGUUGUAUGGCGGCAAGAAGAUCUACGGCUAUGGUGUCCUAAUCACGGCCAUAUUCACACUCAUCACCCCGCUCGCAGCCCACUGGGAUUUGCCGCUGCUCGUGCUCGUCCGCAUCCUCGAGGGAAUGGGCGAGGGCGUCACCUAUCCGGCCAUGCACGCCAUGCUGGCCCACUGGAUACCGCCGCUGGAGAGGAACAAGUUCGCCGCCAUUGUCUAUGCGGGCUCCAAUAUAGGCACUGUCAUCUCGAUGCCCCUGGCCGGUUGGCUCUGCUCCCUGGACUUCCUGGGCGGCUGGCCGUCGGCCUUCUACAUCUUCGGGCUGCUGGGCAUCCUGUGGUUCGUCGCCUGGAUGUAUCUGGUCUACGACAGGCCCAGCGAUCAUCCCAGAAUCUCGCUGUCGGAGCGAGAGUACAUCGAGCGGAGUCUGCACGCCCAGAGGCUGAUCAGCCAGGCAGACCUGGCAGAGCCGGAGGAUGAGGAGGACCAGGAUGAGGUGAAUCUGAGGAGGCCGCCGUCGGCGGAGGAGGAGGCCAUACCCUGGACAUCGCUGCUCAGCUCGGUGCCGCUGUGGGCCAUCCUGCUGACCCAGUGCGGCCAGGGUUGGGCCUUCUACACACAGCUCACCGAGCUGCCCACCUACAUGAGCAACAUCCUGCACUUCGACAUCCAGUCGAAUGCCCUGCUGAACGCCGUGCCCUAUCUGACCUCCUGGUUCGUGGGCAUCGCCUGCUCCGCCCUGGCCGACUGGAUGCUGGCCAGGCGCUACAUUUCGCAGCUGAACUCCUACAAGCUGUGGAACACGGUGGCCUCGGUGGUGCCGUCGCUGGGCCUGAUUGGCAUCAUCUAUGUGGGCUGCGACUGGGUGUGGGUCACCUUCAUGCUGGCCGGCGUGGGCUCCUUCGGCGGAGCCGUCUAUGCCGGCAACCAGAUGAAUCACAUCGCCCUGAGUCCCAGAUAUGCGGGCACCAUGUACGGAAUUACCAAUUCGGCAGCGAAUAUCUGCGGCUUCCUGGCGCCCUAUGUCAUCGGGCUGAUAAUCAAUCAUCGCGAGACCCUGACCCAGUGGCAUGUGGUCUUUUGGCUGGCCGCUGGCCUCAAUAUAGCCGGCAACUUCAUCUACCUGAUCUUUGCCAGCGCCGAGGAGCAGAGCUGGUCGAAGGCACCAGCAGCAACCACACGCAUCUCACGAUCCCUGCGCGCUUGAAGCAAGCCCAACUAUUCGCUAUCUCUAGCUAGAUCAUAAGCAUUUGUGAUAAUUCCGAUAUAUAUAUCCCAUAUAUAUAUAUAUAGAUAGGUGGGCUCGACGUUUUCCAGUUACAGUUAAGAUGUGGCUUCCAAAAAACGAAACUAGUGCUACCAAAUCGAAAAGAAAGGAAAAGAAAAGGAUGUUAACUGUUUUAGUGUAUUAUAAACGUGUAUCGUCCUUUUAUAUGGACUUUUGUUUUGCUAGGCGUCUUUUUUGUAUACCAGUAUACCGAUACGAACUAUAUAUAUUUAUAUAUCUAAGAUAUACACGCUCGAAGGCACUUACAUAGAUCUGUCGAAAUAAACAGCACAAACAUAUCGAA